CUUCUUGCUGGUGGUUUUUGUCCCCUUGUUUUGUGGAUUUUUUUCCCCGGCUGCAGCACUGGGGCAGCAGGAUGCUAGCACAGGGAUAAAUGCCCUCCCUCCUCUGAGACUCUCACCCUUCAUUCCUGCUUCCUACCGUGCUCUGGUGCUGCUGGUGCUCCCUUUGGGGCUUGAGGGGUGCUCUCCGCAGCCCCUCAUCCCCGCGAGCUCAUCGGGGAGGGUGGGCUGGAAGCGGUGCCUGAGCUGCAAGGUAAGGGGCUGGGGGGGCUUGGGGGGGUCUCUGCCGCGGUGAGGAGGUGAAGCUGGAGCCCUCCUGGGGUUUGGGGGGGGUCCCUGCCGCGGUGGGGAGGCGAAGCUGGAGCCCUCCUGGGGUUUGGGGGGGUCCCUGCCGCGGUGGGGAGGCGAAGCUGGAGCCCUCCGGUGCUCUGUGGGGGCCGCGAUGGGCUCAGCUGCGGGCACGGAGAAAGGGCCGUGCGUGCAGCCCCGGCCACCUCGCCAGCCCGCACCCGCCCCCACGGCGGGGCCCGGGGCACUCCGCGGGGCUAGCUCGUGCGAACGGGCACGGACGGAGCCGCGGGCCUGGGGCGGCCACGGCGGGCGGGCUCCGGGCCCUCACGGCUCCCGGGGCCCCGGCGGGGACACGGGACGGCCGCGGCGCCUCGCGACACCCGGCGGCGCUUUACGGCCGCGGCGCUUCGCGGCAGCGCGACCCGGGCGCGGCGGCGGCGGGACCGGGGGAACGGGACCCGGAGGGAGCCGGAGCGCGAUGAGCUUCUACGACGUGUUCCGCGGCUUCUUCGGCUUCCCGGGACGGUGCAGGCCCCGGGACCCGCUGUUCGGCGGCGCGGCGUGGGACGAGGAGGAGGAGGAUGAGGAUGGCGGCCCGUCCACGUCGCAGCCCCCCCAGGACUUCGGCUUCGGAUUCAGCCCUGGCUCCUCCCGCGGCGCCUUCGAGGAGCUAUUCCGGGACAUGGGCGAGCUCCUGGGCGUCUUUGGGGGCUUCUGGGCCGAGCCCCAGCAGCCUUUCGAGCCCGCCCUGCCCGUUCCCGGUGAAGGCAGCGCCAGGCGGCCGCUGCGGGACUCGAUGCUGAAGGACCCGCAGAGUCCCCCUGCCAGCGCGGCCCCGGGGAGCUCCGGCGAUCUGGCCCGGCCAUGGAGACCCUUCUUAGGGCUGGAAGAUGCUCACCGGGCUCCUCCUGGCCUCAAGGAAGACCGAGACCUGGACUCACAGGUCUCCUCCUCUGGGCUGGGAACCAUCCUGAGACCCAACGAGCCCGAGUCCCACUCUUACUUCCAGAGCGUCUCUGUCACCAAAGUGACUCUCCCUGACGGGAGGGUCGAGGAGCGCCGCACCGUGCAGGACAGCCAGGGCCGCCGGGAGACAACGGUGACGCGCCGGAGGGGCGACCAGGCCUUCAUCACCACCACCAAGGAGGAUGGGCAGAAGAAGGACUACCGGGAGGAGGUGGUCAACAUGGAUGACCGGGAGCUGGCACAGUUCGCUGGCACGUGGCCGCAGCAAGAAGAGCUUCGUGCUGCCAACCCGAGCGACCCCUCAUCUGCGCUGGGCAGAUUCUUCCGACGCUGGUUCUCGAGCUGGUAGCUGUGUCCAGUCCUGAAUUGUGUGGCAGAUAGGUCAGAUCGUGCUGGGAAGUGGUGCCUGGCCUGGAGGCUGUCCACCUUCUGCAGCGCUGCAGAGCCACAGGGAGCCCUGUGGGGGUCAAGUGUAUGUGUGUACAGAGCAAUAAAGUCUAUUUAUGCUAAA